CUAACAAGAGAGAUAUAGUGAGAAAGGUAGCAUUUCCUUAAACUACACCUGGUUUUUGAGGAGGAAGAGGACAGAUACUUGUAUUUUUUUUGGGCAGCAAGACAAAUCAUUUAAUUAGUCCACAUAUACUUGUACUAGUUAUUAGUUAAGGAAGAUGACAGGGAACAUGGCUCACCUCACUCUUGCAUUUGGACUUCUUGGUAAUAUCGUCUCAUUUAUGGUAUUUCUUGCACCAAUACCAACAUUUUAUAAAGUUUACAAAAAGAAAUCAACCGAAGGGUUUCAGUCGGCGCCAUAUGUUGUGGGCUUAUUCAGUGCGAUGCUUUGGAUAUACUAUGCAUUACUCAAGUCCAAUGUCAUGCUUCUCAUCACCAUUAACUCGGUUGGUUGCAUCAUCGAGACCUUGUACAUUUGUUUCUUUCUCUUCUAUGCACCAAAGAAGGCUCGGAUGGAGAGUCUGAAGCUAAUCUUAUUGCUAAUAGUUGUUGGUUUCGGAUUGGUUGUUGUUCUCACCCAGUUCCUUGCUAGUGGAGUUACUCGUGGCGUGAUAGUUGGAUGGAUUUGCCUUGUGUUUUCUUUAUGUGUUUUUGUAGCACCUUUGGGAGUUCUGCGACAAGUGAUUAAAACAAAAAGCAUAGAGUAUAUGCCAAUUCUAUUAUCAGUAGCCCUCACCCUUAGCGCUGUUAUGUGGUUCUUUUAUGGCCUUCUUCUCGGUGACUUUAAUAUUGCGAUUCCAAAUGUACUUGGAUUCACGUUUGGUAUAAUUCAAAUGAUAUUAUACUAUGUAUACAAAAACAAAAGCCCGAUUAUCAGUGAAAAAAUGUGUAAUUGUGAAGACAAAGUCGCAGAUCAAAAACUCCCAGAAUUUAGAGAUCAGAAAAUCAUUGAUGUUGUAAAGCUGAAAACUUUGUUGAAUGUUGACAUACGUCCGGUGUUCCCACAAAAUACUCAUAACACUAAGUUUGUGGCUUCUAAACAUCAAGCUCUCCAUGAUGUGAGAAAUUGCACAAUUGAAGUUGGAGCAUGAAACGUACACUUGAAUUUUGAUGAAGAGGAAAACCAAAUUAACUAGGUCGAUCACAUCUUCUUAGAUAAAGUGGUUGACAUGGUAUAUGUGAAAUAUAAAUCUGUCAUGAUAGUUUUAUGAAAGGCAAGAAAGGAUACCUUUAUGGAAGGGAAUAAUUUCUCUUUUAGGAAGAAUUGAAAGGAAUGGUAGUCUUUCUUUCUAAUUGGAGUGAUAGCUUUAUGGAAGGAUAAUUUUCUUUUUGAAUAAAGAACUGUUUUAUAUUUUCUUAGAUAUUAGUUAUGUUUCAAGGAUAUAAGGAGAUAUAUCUUGAUUUAUCUUGCAAUUAAAUAAUGGUAGUGUAACGUG